CAUAAAAAAAUGGUGGGGUUUUUAAAUGGCAAAGUUCCUAAAGUAAAUCAAUAAUCUGUUAAUUGAUAAUAUAUGACUUGAUUCGGUUAAUAUGUGCCUUGAUUACUAAUCAAUUACUUUUAUAAUUAGUUUAAUUAAGUACCUACUAAAAGUUGAAGUCGUUAUGUGUUGAUAUCCGCCGGUUAUAGCGUUUAUUUAGGAACAAUUACGAUUGGAAUGUAAAAAUGGCUCUGGGACUUGGAGGAUGCACGUUUCUGAAGAAUGCUACGAUGCUGGAACAGCUCCUCGAAGAAAUCAACUUUCAGAGAACGAAGGAGAUGCGUCAAUUGAUGAAGGAUGAUUCUGGCUUCGUAGUUCUACAAGGAACGACGUAUUGGACAGAUUUGUUCGUGAGGCACUUCCUCUUCCAGGAGGAGCAGGCCAUUGACUGUGACGACCUGCUGUUCUUUGUUCGAAAACGUCAUGUGAAGGGAUCGUCGCGCUACCUGCCUAAAUACGAGACGGACGUCGAGGUGUUCCGUAAAGACUCCAAAAAACUGCCGAUCGGCGACCCGGAGAUCGACUGGGAGGAAACGGUCUACCUCAACCUGAUCGUGCACCAGUUCGACUACACGCUCACGCUGGCCAUCUGCACGCGCACCAGUCCCAAGGAGCUGCAGGUGUUGAAGCGGCACUCGCAGAAGGUCUACGCGUCUCCGAGCCGCCGCAAGAUGGACACGAAGGGGGAGGGCGAGGAGAUGACGUACCCGCAUAUCUGCUUCAUGGUCGACAACUUUGACGAGAAUGAGACUGUGAAACGGGUGUGCGUGGGUGUACCGGGACGCCGCCCCAUAGGGAGACCCAAGUACCGCUGGUCAAACGCCGUGGAAGGAAAUUUACGUGAACUCCAAGUACGGCAAGGUGUUGCUCAGCGUCGGGAUGAAUGGGAACGUUUACUGUCUGAGGCCAAGACCCACUUCGGGGUCAUGGCGCCAGCGUAG